AUCGUCAUUAAACAACUAACUUCAUAAUGUUCAAAAGUAAUUAGUGUUUCACUUCAAAUAAGCGGUUUUUUAACUAAACUUGGUCCACUUCAACGAAAAUUAUUAUUCAAAACGAAGAAAUAUGAAGAGUUUUACGCGAUAAAGUGCCGCAUAACCCACGAAUGCCAAAAGAAAAGACACAUUGACAGUUGAGGUUAGGUUCGUUUUUCAAGUAUAAUGUGAUAUGGCAAAAAUGGCUAUAAUUGAGUCGAUCGCGCGUGUUUUGGUGAUAUUAAUCGCUAUUUCAAAAAUAACCGUAUCGUUAUACGAAGACCAAAUAGAUAAAUUCGAUUGGAAACAGUCAUAUGUAGGAAAAAUUAAAUUUGCACACUUUGACUCUGUUAAGCGAAUAAUUGUUGGUACCGAAGAAAACGUGAUAGCCGCUUUAAAUUUGAAGAAUGGACAAAUAUUUUGGAGGAACGUCUUAGAGGAUACUAAUCAAAUAGAGUUUUUGCACGUUGAUAAAGAGGUUAUAAGUGUGUCUGGAAAUCAAAAUACUUAUUAUGUGCGAGGGUGGGAUUUAAAUAGUGGGGUGUUAUUGUGGGAGUGGGUUUUGCACCCUGAAAAAGAUAAUGGAAGGUGGUUUAUACAUGGGAGAAAUUUAAUUCAUGUUGUUGCGGUAUUAAAUUCUCACGUGGAAGUUAGCGAAUAUGAUGUACAAAGUGGUAAAAAUAAAGGGGUUAGUUCCAGGUUAUCGACGCCGUGGAUUAAUGAUUUAAAAAGGUGUGGUUUAGCGGAAACUUAUUUUGUUUGUUUAUCAUCGGAUGAUAGUAAUGGGCAAAUUUAUUAUAUUGAUUUAACACCGGGGGAGGAGGCACAUGUUAUUUCAAAACCUCUCACUAAUUUAAUUGGAAAUGCUCCAGGAAAAGUUACAAUUAAAGAGUUUAAAUACACCGAACCGGCUAUAUUAUUAAUAAGAAAUAAUGUUGCUCGUUUAGUAAUUUUAAAACAAUCCGAUACGGUUGUAUUACCAAAUUCUUUUUCGCCAGACGCGAUUAUUAUUAAUAAUAACGAUCAAAUACAAUUUAUGGAUUUAAGUACAAAUGAUUCGUCUAAUUUACGAAUAAAAACGAUGGAACUCGCGGGGCAAGAUAAUGUUAUAGAUGUUGAAUAUUUAAAUAGUUUAGGAAAACCGAAAGCUUUAACGGGGAUUUGUCGCGGAAACGCGUGUCGUAUGCUAUUUACAACAACAACGGACGUAGUGGGGUUAUUACAACUACCGACGGGAAAAAUUUUAUGGACGAGGGAAGAAUCGUUGAGUAAAAUUUCCGGGGUUGAAUUCGUCGAAUUACCGGUUUCCGAUUUAGACGCAUCCAUCGAGAAAGAAUUUACCCCAUCAAACGAUGUUAUAGCAAUGCUUUAUAACCGCCUCCUCAGCCAAACGAGGCAACUAUCAUCAUUAUUAUCAGGCCAACAAUUAAAAUCGAAUAAAUUAAUACGUGACGAAUUCGGUUUGCAUAAAUUAAUUAUCAUUGCGACGAACGUUGGGAAAUUAUUUGCGUUGGAUAGUUUAUCAGGGGAAAUUAUUUGGAGUGUAACUCUUCCAGAUAUUGAACCAUUUAAAAUUUUUGAUAAAGAAAGUAUAAUACUGUUAGAACAAAGAAAUGCGAGAUACGCCCCAUUAACCGCCGAAUAUAUUCUUGUUGCUCGAAAUAUUAAAACGGGUAAAGGGGUGUUGUACAAUUUUGAUCCAAUCACGGGAGAACCAAAAGAUGGUUUGAAAAAUUUAGAUUAUAAAAUAAAACAAAUUAUGCUAUUACCCUACGAAGAUGAAUCACAUUUAAAAGGAUUAUUAAUUUUAAGCGACGAAGACAAACCUUAUUUAUACCCGGAAAAUAUGCAACAAAUUUUGUAUCAAACUCAUUUAUCUUCAACUUAUAUGUACACCAUAAACAGUAUAACCGGCAUUUUAAACGGAUUUAAUUUCGUACAUAGCACAAAAAUGAAUUUGAAAGCAACACCUACGUGGAAACUCACGUUUAAACCGUCAGAAAUUGUUGCGGUCAGUGUAAGACCUGCAAUUGAAAGGGUGCAUUCCCAAGGAAGAGUAUUAGCUGAUAGAUCAGUUUUAUAUAAAUACGUAAAUCCAAAUUUAAUCGCUUUAGCAACUUUAACAGAAGACCCAAUACACAAACACGUUUUAAGCGUGUAUUUAAUCGAUGGUGUAACGGGAUUAAUUAUUUACUCGAUUAAUCAUAAACGAGCUAAAGAGCCGAUUCAUUUAGUUCAUUCGGAAAAUUGGGUGGUUUAUUCUUACUUUAACGAAAAAUUCCGCCGCAUGGAAAUGGGUUCUUUAGAGCUUUACGAAGGUGCAAGACAAAGUAACAGUACAGCUUUUAGUUCUCACGCUUUGAGUCAACUCCCGCACGUCGAAACUUUAUCUUGCAUUCUCCCGGCUUAUCCUUUAGCUAUGGUUGCAACAUUAACCGAGCGCGGAAUAACAAAUAAACACUUACUCAUCGCUUUAGCAAACGGGGGCGUAAAUGAAAUGCCUUGGAUGUUCUUAGAACCAAGGGGACAACACAUUCUUUCGAGUCCCGAUGAAGGUUCGGUGCCGUACAUGCCCGAAUUACCUCUAGUCACAGAAGCAACGAUAAAUUAUAACCAAAGUUUAGCACGGAUUAAGGGAAUUAACGUUUCGCCGGCUCGUUUAGAAAGCACAACGUUGGUGUUUGUGCACGGAUUGGAUUUGUUCUAUACGCGGGUGAUGCCGUCGAAAACGUUCGAUAUGCUCAAAGAGGAUUUCGAUCAUUGGCUGAUUGUUAUGGUGUUGGUUGGGUUAAUCGUUUCAUCGUACGUUACGAAACAGUUGGCGUUAAGAAAAGCUCUACGACAAGCCUGGAAGUAACAGUGAGGGUCCACCGACCACAUUUAGUAGGAAAUUUCAAUUGCUGUUUUUUUUUCUUUUUGUUUAUUGAAUGUUGAGUCGUCGCGAGUGUAGAUUUUUUUACAGUAGAUAGUCCGAGUCGCCAUUGUAUCUGUGUUUUUCAAAGAAUGUAUAAGAUGUGUUCUUGUUGGAAUUUGUAAUUUAACUUAAUUGAAAAUAAAUAUUCACUUUUUAAGAGGGA